AUGAAGGCGAUGAUGAUGAUGAAGAAGAAGAAGAAGAAGAAAGAAAAUCGUUGCAUAUCCCAUUCAAGCUUCUUGGGAAGGUUGAGUAAUAACCCUCAAGCCUGUGUGCUCCUUCCCACAUGGAAGGUUAAUUCCGCUGUCGACAAGCAGUGGGUCUUUCCCUCUUUCCCGUUUGAGGAGUUACCAGAUCCCUGCCAAGAGAUAACUGGUGGCCAAUCAGAGGCACUCUCGUACCUAGAGACUGUGGCUGGAGACGGUGAUGCAUCUGUGGCUGGUGCUUUGACCGCGCGACAUGACUCGGAUUCCACUCCUUAA